AUGGGUAAAAACCAAAAUCUCUGUAUAUACAUAACGUCAAUAGAAGAAAUACCAACCUGCAACAAAGAACCUCUAAAACAAACUAUUGAUGAAUGUUUGGAAGAAUUUAUCCAAGAUAAGAACUUUGAUGACCAACAAUGUGCCCAGGCUAG